CGAACCGGGGACCUUCCGCGCGGGAGACGAAAAUAGUUGAGCUUAACUUCCCUUAACUUUUCCCAUUCAUUCUCUAUGGUAGUGCUUAACACUACGGAUGCAAUAUAUUUUUGACCACAGGUAGAUUUCAUGGCGCUGUUUCGCCUUUUCCGUGGCGGGACAUUUAAAUAGCGAGGUGUCAUCUGUCAGUCAUUCGCUGCAGCGGAAGAUAGGAGACGCGCGAUUUACAUAUUAAUUACAAAAAGGUUCGUAUUGUGUUAUUCUGCACAACACCUACUUACAGAAAAAUUACGCGACUUUAUUUAACUAAAUCACUACGUGUCUGUCCUAUUGUUUUUCUCAAGAAGUCUUAACAUUUUACCACAGGUUUUACGCUUUUACGUCACGUCUGUUUUACCUCAGUGAUCAGCGCAAUAAGCUUACAAACCUAAAAGGUCAUCAGCAUGAAGAAGACUGUCUUUUUUCCCGGGAGAGUCACCGUGUCCUUCAGGAAAGGCCCUUCAGGCCAUUUACGACAGGACCCAUCUGAAGAGGCAAAAAUAAUUAAAGAUAACCCUUCUUUGCAGGACAAGUCAGCACCUCAAAGAGAAGAUCUGGUCAAGACCAAUGCCCGUUCUGUUGUUUUACACAGAGGAGGGGAUGUCUCUGACAAGCAAGAGGUGUUAGGAGAAUAUGUUCUUCAGUUUGGCAAGUACAAGGGCAAGUCCUUCAGGUGGUUAUUGGAGAAUGAUGUUGGCUACGCUUUGUACCUGUCCAGUAAGGUUGAGGAGGAAGAACAGGCUGGGCAGUUCAACCCAGAAGGUCCUUGCAAGGAUAGCCUCAUUUCCUUUCUUGAAUACUCAAGAAGCUUCAAGGAAAUUGAGGAUCUUAAACAGUAUCUGUCUCAAAGGCCAGAUCCAGUGCCAGUCUUGUCAGAGCAUGACAAUAUUGUUGGAUUUGGAACAAGAGCACAUGAUACUUGGAGAAAAAUUUGGGAUACCAGGGCUGAUGGAUAUGCUUCCUUUAUAAUGAGGCAGAAAUGUGUUCCAGGUAGUAAAAUGUAUCUGUUGCAGCAGUAUCUUUUAAAGCAGCAGCAAAACCAACUGCCCAAAAACCCUCCUCUGUUGCCCUCACCAUCAUCUUCCACUGCAAGGCCUCUGGUUCCUUCAAGUACUGUCUCUGAUCAUCCAGUAAUGGAGGAGGAUGAGGAACUGGAGAAGAUGAUGUUGAGUCUUUCUCCAACAAAAUAUCUCACACAGCCGAGAUCGUCUGCAGCACCUGGAUCCACAGUCUUGUCUAAAAGAGGUUAUUUUCCACAUCAGUUUUGGGGGAUUAUUCUGUUAUAGACAGAUUUAUCCUCCAUUUCUGAUUUUGAAUGAUUUUGUUUGUUGUUUUGGCAGUGUUCUUGCCUGUUCUAAAACACAUUCUUUUGUUCUACUAACUACUUUUAAGGGAUAAACAUACCAGUGACGAGGGUGAGUGCACUUCAUGAAUUGUAUGCAUGCAUGCUAUUUAAUUGAAUUUGUUGUCUUUAAGUAAAAAUUCUACUUAUAUUAUAACAGUUAAAUCUGAACAUUGUUAGAAUUUUCAAACUAGAAUCUUUAAAUAAAUUAUGAUUGUAGUGACUGUUUUACCAGUUUUGACCAUUUUAUUUUAAACAAAAUAGACAAGACAGUGAAAACAUGUUAGAAAAAAAAAAAAAAUUUAAAAAAAAAAAUUCGCGUGUGAGGCGAACGUGAUAACCACUACACUACGGAAACCUGGAUGGACAUACGGUCCCGACUGAGCUGGUUUGAGUUUUUGCAUUUGUUAUGAUAUGUCUCCAUCUAGUGGUGGCUGAUAGAAAGUAUAAUCAUUAAAUAAGUGUCUGUGCACCACUAGAUGUCGCUCAAGACGUGUCUCCAAAAAGACAGUCACAUUAAAAAUGUCUUAACAUCAGUGUAUUUACACACAAAAUGUCAAAGCAAGUGUCAUUAUUUUUAAAGAAACAUAGCAUAAGCACAUGUUUAAAGUAAACUAUUUCACACAAAGCAGAUUGUUAGGAUUGAAAUAAUCACUCUACUAUAUUCAAAAACUGCAGCACACUGUCAGGUUAAAUAUGCCCCUCUUACAGCUUUUUAUGUCCAGUCAGCCCUAAUAUAAUAAGGUAUAAAUGUUUCUAGGGAGAUGCUUUUGUCUUUGCCCAUGAAACAAAGCAGUCAGCAGUGGAGAGAGCCAGCACAUCUGCGUUCAGAUGGAGAGUUUGGGUCUCUUGACCCCCCUGAAUCAAAACCACAUUCCUUUCAUGAGCUGGUCUCGCUCCGACUCCAGCCCUCCGCUCAGGGUGGCUCCUGCCUCUCAGACCGACCGCGUGUCUAAUAUACUGCAGCCGCAGGCUUUCUCUAACGCUCAAAGAGAUGUUCUCCUCCUCUUCCUGGCUUUCUAUUUUGAUUCAUACAUACCAGAAAAACUCAGACUGGUUUUUACCUCAAACUCUCUGACUACUAGGCCAUCUGGGACCUUGAUGAGUUCUUAACAAACGUUGCAUGUAAAUUUGCAUUGUUUGCAAAGAUUUUUCCCCCCAUGAUGCAUGUCAGAAAGCAUUUCACACAGGUUUGAUAGUUCAUUUUUAUUUAUGGUACCACCAGAGUUAUUUUAGUUACUUGAAAUAAAAUCAAGGCAACAUUUUACAUUUUUAUUUAGUUUAACUUGAUGGCUAAAAUAACUAAA